AAAUCGACAAUGACCUUACUCGUCAUCUUAAUGACAGGAUUUUUCUUGCACCAAGUAAAAGGCCAUCCGUGUAGUACGACUGGUAUUUACGGAAUAGCUGACUGCCAGUGCAACUUUAUGGAGGCCUGUGAUGUACAAGAGAACCCGAAACCCAACUUAACACGAUACUUGCCAACAGGCGUGGAUCAGCUCGGGCUUGUCGAGGGAGGACAACAAAACCUGGCGUAUUUGUGUGAAGGUGCUGGCGCAGUGGGAAUUCUGUAUGACUGCAAUAACCGAAUUCCUCUCUAUGCUGCCACCGUGAUUAACGGGACCCAGCUAUCGGGAAAGAGCCUCGGGGGUCGACCAAAUAUUAAAUUUUCACUUAGCAGAGAACUCCAUCGAAGUUUUCAGCAACGAAAUGGAGAUUACAAAGAUGCUUCAAAGCGAGAACUUUGCUAUUUAUCUUUACAAAAUGGAAGCAAGUACGUCGUCGAAGAAGACUGGUUAAAAGCGAGUAAAAACCUUUCCGAGACUCUGCUCUGUCCUGGAGGGUCAGUUGUCAAAACAUCAGUUCACCGCGGACACUUGAUUGCCUCACAGUAUGGCCGCAACAAUCAAGCAAAGAAAAGAGCAACUUUCAAAUACACCAAUGCUGUCCCCCAGUUUGGAGUGUUUAAUUCGUACCCUUGGAGAGUCUGCGAGAGCCGACUCAUUACAUGGGGAAAUCAAAACUGUGCUCAGGUCAGAGGAGCAACGGAUGUUCGGUUAUUUAUCGUGGUUGGUGCUAUCCCAUCGACAGUACGUGGAUCCUCGAAACGGAGAUAUUUUGGCAAAAGGGGGUUCAGUGACUACAAAGAUACUAGCAAUUACCGGGUGAACGUGCCUAGUGGCAUGUGGACCGCUGCCUGUUGUAGUUAUAGCAUUAACGGAACAUUGCAAUAUCGCAGCACGGCCUUCUGGAGAGAAAACAAUCCAGGAAACGCGCCAUGUAAAAGGACAGACGUAGGCGACUUAACGAGAUGGUUGUCCGGAUGGAUUCACGGUGGCACAAAUUUAUUUCCGCAAACACCUCAGUGCAACAAUAUUGGAAAUUAUAUCCGUCUGCCGUGAUAAAGACACUAGACACAGCGAACAUAGAUUAACAAAGGUCACCAAAAGCUUAGAUGGAGCUUAUUAAAUUUCAGCAUGUAGCUAAAUGUUUCAUUUUUUAGACCUGGGUCAAGUCCAGUAAGUCUGUAGAAACACCGGGCUUGUGAUCAGGCUUGUGAUCACGCUUGAGCCCACGUUUACAUUGGAGCACUCCUUUACAUAUUUGGUUUUAAACUCGAUAGUGUGAUGAGAAAUAAAUUUUGAGGCAGUUCGAUGUUUAACUUUUAUAUCUGGACUUGCUAAAUUGCAGUUAGCAUCACUCAUCCCUGAUCUAAAUUUGACUUCCAUGGAAAUAGAUAUGUGACAAAGUAAAUAAAGUU